GAGUUAACGGAACUUUUUUUUACUGAAUGCUUAUCGCGCAGUCCCUGUUUUUACUUGUGUAUUCUUGUUUUUAGUGGCAUCAACACGCAUGCACGCAAGAGGAAUGAAUCUGCAACUUUUAGAUCGGCAGCUGUCGCAUAUAGGCACCGAGGUGGAUUUUUGGUUAAAACAAACGGUACAGCUAGCGAAAUCGGAACCAUUAAACGGAACGAAUGCCGGAGAAACUAUGCCGGGAAUCGGGAUACAGAACGGGUCAUCGGGCUUUACGCGCGAUCGCCGUACUACGAGCCCAAUGCGAAAAUGCUGCAGGCCCAGACAAACAAUUUUAUGGACGACGAUUUGACCGACAAUGACGCCAUCUUUGCGCAUUAUUUGAGCACCGAGAAGUUGGAGUUUUACAAUGCGUCCUCGGUGAUGCUGACUCUGCUUACUAUCGAGGAUGUGACUACAAUGAAGCUGUACUCGCAGCUCAUCGAGCCGGAUGUGGCGGUUCAUAAAGUACAUAUAAAUGCAUUUCGUGUCGCUCUCUCUGCUAGCGAUUCUGUUAAUGCCGAGGAAGUGGUGUCCCCGGGAAUCGAUGAGGUUGUCUUGAUACCCAAGUGCAGUUUAAUGGCCUCGCCGCUACCAAAGGAGCUCAUAUCGGCCCUGUUUCCACAUCCGCAUGAGCAAAUGCCUUUUAAAGAUCAGAUGCGCCGCCAUGUGGCCAGUGUGGAACAGGUCUGCCGCACCAGUGUUCACUUCAAGUUCAGUAGGGGAAAACUUCCAGACGACAAUGUGUUGCAGUCGCAACGCUUUCAUGUAAUUCUCCGCUCCACGCGUAUUCCGUUUCGCUUUAUGUACCGCGCUGUCAAUAUGCUCCCGGAGAUGCCAGGUCUCCGUCGUUACCUCUUUCCCUUUCCGAAUUGGCUAACCACAAUGAUAGAAACCUCGAAGAUUUCAUUGCAUGACUGCAAUCUUCCAUCUUUGAUGCAAAUCCAACCGCCGCCCCCGCAAGCUCCUCCAGCACAUAUUUCGCUGCUGAACGAGACCAUAGGCGAUAAUGAAGAACAGUUGGAGGCGGUGCAGACGAUUGUGGCUGGACCCAAUCCCAAAGCUCCAUUUAUAGUGUUCGGACCACCAGGCACUGGCAAGACCACUACCAUUGUGGAGGCCAUUCUACAGGUGCGCCUUCGACGACCGCAAAGCCGCAUCCUUGUAACAGCCGGUUCGAACUCGGCCUGCGACACGAUUGCCAUGAAACUGUGCGAGUAUAUCGAAGGAAACUUUCGGCUCAUGUUUUUAAGGGAAAAGAAGGUACUGAAAUUGGUGCCGCCCUUGCUGCUGAAUAACUCCAAUUGCUCGGACCAUUUGUUCAAGCAUCUACGAGUGCGUAAUGUGAUUACGUAUACCAUCAUCGUGGCCACAUUGGUUACUGUCGGCCGCCUGGCUAACGAUGGCUUUGGUGACUUUUUCACCCACAUAUUCAUCGACGAGGCUGGAGCUUCCACCGAGCCGGAGACUAUUAUGGGCAUUGUGGGUGUUAAAAAGAACAAAGAGAACGGCAACUUCGAUCGCACCCUUCAGGUGCGUCUGCGUCGUAACUAUCGGUCACAUCCCGAGAUCGUGCGUCUUUUUAACGAGCUCUACUACGGCGGAGAGCUAAUCGCAAAGGCUCCGGACGAACAGGUCAACCUUGCCGCUGAAUGGGAUGUGCUGCCCAAUGGCCAGUUCCCCAUCAUCUUCCAGGCCACACAUGGAGUCACCAAAAACGAGGAGCACACCACCAGCUCCUUCAAUUCGCUGGACGCAGAGGUUCUGUGCUGGCACGUCAAGCGCUUGAUAAAAAAUGGCCUCGGCCCAAAUAUAGAGGUAAAGCAGGAAGACAUCGGUGUGGUGGCUCCAUACACGUCUCAGGGCAACCUAAUCAUUCGGAAGCUUAAGCGGCAGGGCCUCGGCAAUGUGGAAGUUGGCAGCGUGGAGACCUAUCAGGGCAGAGAGAAGCUCAUCAUCAUUGCCACUCUGGUGCGUUCGUUUAGCUAUAUGGGGUUCAUGCGUAACCCGCGUCGCAUCAAUGUGCUCAUUUCGCGGCCCAAUGCGCUGCUCAUACUGAUUGGUAAUCCCGUCACUCUUCGCCAUCAUCCCGACUUCAAGUUCAUCAUUGAUGAGUGCAUCCAACAUCAAACGUAUCUCUUCAAAAAGAGAGAUUCAUUGCACUUCGUGGUAAAACAUGUGGCUAUAAGCGAUUUGGAAGAUGGCAAAAAUGUGAACACUGCAAAUCCGAAAAAAGCCUUAGUUAAAGCCAAUCAAGUGAUCCCAGAAAUGGAUAAAAUCUCCACCGCCAUCUGUGCCAUGAUGAAUGCUUUAAAUAUAUCAUAGAGCUACGCUCUUCCCUAAUCUAAAUCGAACAAAAUCUUCUAGAGAUAUAAACUAGGACUAACGGCUGCCGUACCCUGAUAAUUAUAUGUGCAAGACGCAGAGACUGCCUAGAACAUUCCUAAAGUACGCAUCUGUUUGUAACCAUUUACUUUAAUUUUUUUUUUAAAUUUUAUUUGUAUUAUUUGUCUAUCUGUAACAGUGGGCUGCUCUUGCUCUUGCGGUCUUUAAGAGCUGUAAUAAGCGCUCCAUUUAUUGCACUGUAAACGAAAGGAAAAUAAUAGGUAUUAUUUGAGAAAUUCCUCGGACCGGAUGAGUAGUUCCCAUGAAUGGAUGUCGUUUGGUACGCUCAACCGGAUUGAUAGUCAGAUGCAAUUGUGUAAGCAUUAUCAUUUAGAGUAUAUAUAUUUAAGCAGUGUCUCUAUAUAAUUAGUAAUCAGAUUAUAAAGAAUACAAUACAAUGGAGUUGCUGCGUUAGUUUUCGAAAAAUGUUUAAAAAUAGUUACGAUCUUGCUUGCGGAGGAGCCUGUCAUUCAUUUAAUUUUUUUGUCCAUCGCCUUUCGUAUAAAUUCGUUCAGUCUUUGUUAAUCAACAAUUUUACUUUUUUAAAGUGAUUAAUGGUUUACAUUUGUUUUGAGUCGGAGAAAUGUGCACUUAACGAGAAAUGCAAAGUUAAUUAGAGAAACCUCAAUUUAAUGAACUUCUUCUGCAAUGACUGUCUCCGUUCGUUCGAUAUAAAAAUUUGUGUUCGCAUUUUUGGUUUAUAAUAAAAUAUAUAUAUUAAA